UCCCAGACGCAUAUCGUUUUGUAUGCGUUGCUGAAGCUUUCUGCUCGAAUUUUGCUACAAAAAAGCUAAGCAGCCGCUAAAUCGGUCGCUACUACGUCAUAUUUACGCGUCGGUGUUUUUGUUGUCCACCGUUUGAAUUUGCUAUUACCAUCAUGGUGGUAUUUCCAAGUUCACUAACGGAGGAAGAGGAGGCUCUGCAAAAGAAAUAUGCUAAACUUAAGAAAAAGAAAAAGGCGCUGCUUGCCUUGAAGAAGCAGAGUUCAACCAACCAGACAAACCAGAGUGGUUUGAAGCGGACUUUGUCGGACCAGCCUGUCGUUGACACCGCAACAGCGACAGAGCAAGCAAAGAUGCUGAUCAAGUCGGGUGCCAUCAGUGCCAUCAAAUCAGAGAACAAGAACUCUGGCUUUAAGCGCUCUCGAAUGCUGGAAAUCAAAUUGAAGGACCCUGAGAAAGGACCAGUUCCUGCUUUCUUACCAUUCCAAAGGAGUGUCUCCACAGAUGAAGAACAACCUGAGUCUGGGAAGAGAGCCCACAGGAAAUCUCUGUAUGAGAGCUUUGUCAGCUCAAGCGACCGAUACCGGGACGAGGAUGAUGGAGCCGGCAUGUCAUCCAGCCGUGAAAUGGACAGAGACAGAGAGCGAGAUCGCGACAGAGAGAUGGAUAGAGAGCGGGACAGAGAGAGAGACAGAGAGAGAGACCGGGACAGAGAUAGAGACAGAGGCAGGGACAGGGAACGGGACAGAGAGAGAGACAGAGAUCGAAGCAGAGAGAGGGAUCGAGACCGUGACAGGGAGCGCGACAGAGACAGGGAUGGGCCGUUCAGACGGUCAGAUUCAUAUCCAGAGCGGAGAGGGGUGCGAAAGGGGAAUACAGUGUAUGUUUAUGGCUCUGGGCUCGCCGAGGAAAGUCUGCGCUCUGCGUUCUGUCAACAUGGAAACAUCAUUGACCUCUCAAUGGACAACCCACGCAAUUGUGCGUUCAUCACAUUUGAAAAGAUGGAGUCUGCAGACCAGGCUGUAGCUGAGCUGAAUGGAAGCAUGGUGGGAGACGUUCACAUCAAAGUCAGCAUCGCCAGGAAGCAGCCCAUGCUGGACGCUGCCACCGGCAAAUCUGUGUGGGCUUCACUGGCUGUGCAGAACAGCACUAAAGGCUCCUACAGGGACAAGAGAAACCAAGUUGUGUACAGUGAAGAUUUCUUGUGAUUUUAAAAAAGAUUGCUCCAUUAUUUUGGCAUAUAGGAUCUCAUGUUUUUGUUUUGUUUUUUUGCUUUAAUGGUGACUUAGCAAGCUGCUUAAGUGUCCGUGUUGCCUAAACUGACUGUUGCCUUUUGGAUGAAAUAUCUGUGUUUCAUGCUGAUGGGAUGUGUUGCUACUUGUUGCAGCUUUGCUUAUGAAACUAGAGAUCGUCUUGUGAAGCUCAAUAAAUAGCAUGCAUACAUGGUUA